AUGCCAGCCAUGGAAGUAAUGUUUCACUCUUCAGCUUUUCUCCUCCCGUCGAUUCCUGCCGACAAAACUUCAGCGGCGGGAUACGCUAUCGUUGUUCUUAACCAGAAUCUCCCACGAUUCACUCCUCUGCUCUGGGAACAUGCAAAACUUCGUCUCUGUGCUGAUGGAGGCGCGAAUCGUAUCUACGACGAAUUGCCUCUCUUCUUCCCUGACGAAGACGCUCUUGUCAUUAGAAACAGGUAUAAGCCUGACGUGAUCAAGGGAGAUAUGGACUCUAUUCGUCGUGAUGUCCUCGACUUUUAUCUAACCUUGGGAACUAAGGUUAUAGAUGAGUCUCACGAUCAAGACACCACCGAUCUUGAUAAAUGCAUUUUGCAUAUCCGUGACUCUUCUCUUAAUCAAGAGAGUUCUAAACUCCAGAUUCUUGCGACUGGAGCACUCGGGGGAAGAUUUGAUCACGAAGCCGGUAAUCUCAACGUCUUGUAUCGAUACCCGGAGACAAGGAUAGUCCUUUUAUCGGAUGAUUGCCUCAUCCAGCUUCUUCCAAAGACUCAUCGACAUGAGAUCCAAAUUCAGUCUUCUCUACAAGGACCUCACUGUGGACUCAUCCCUAUUGGAACUUCAUCUUCCAAAACCACAACCACAGGGCUUCAAUGGGAUCUCACCGACACAGAGAUGAAAUUUGGUGGGUUGGUAAGCACGUCGAACAUUGUAAAAGGGGAGAAAAUCACAGUGGAAUCGGAUUCAGAUCUUCUGUGGACUAUAUCCAUCAAGAAACACGACUCGACAACACCUUAA